GGAGGAGGAGGAGGAGGAGGAGGAAGAAGAAGAUGAAGAAGAAGAAGAAGAGGAAGAGGACGACGACGACGACGACGAGAGCAAGGAUGCAAUAACUCCAUCCAUACGCCUUAAAAAGGAACACAAAGAGAUGCCGCUCAGUAACACGGUGAAGAAGGGCAAGGAGUCGUCUUUGCCCUCCACAAAAACUUCCUUGGUGCCAAGUAAUCUAAGUGAACCCCAUCCGAAAGGUCAACCUUCGACUUCGGAUGCAAAGGUCAAGAAGGAAACGGAGAAGCACGGAAAGGACAUUCUAGAGGUGCCACAGUAUCCCAGGGAUACCAUUCUGUCCAGGUGGAUUGAGGCUAGGACCGGUAAAUUGGGAACCAGUUCACAGACCGCCGUCAGUACCCCGUCGCGUAGUCUUUUGACCCAUAAAUUAAAGCCGUCGCCUUUCCAGAACCUCAUGGCUGCCCAGGAGCUCCUGAAGAACCAGAAAGACUCGGAAGGGCCGGACAAACGUCACCCCGAAACUUCUAGCGACUCUAGUGACUCUUCUUCGGCAGCAGCAGCAGUCCAUCAGAAAGCAAAUAUUCCCAAAGCAUCCUCCGAAGGCCCCUCUUGCGGCCGGCUUGAUGUGGCCCGUUCAGACGACGAUGACCAGGACGAUGAUGACGAUGACGACGAGGAUGAUAACGAAGAUGAUGACGAUGACGACGAUGAUGAGGAUGAUGAAGAUGACGAUGAGGGCCCCCAAGAUUUGUCGAAACCGCGCAGCGAGAACAGGAAUCAGUCGAGUGACGAGGGGUCAGAAAUUUCCGACGAUGCCAAUAAGACUGUUGGGUCUAAUGACUGUUUUGCAGACGAUGAUGACGACGAUGAUGAUGAUACCAGUAACGAGAUGCGCAUCGUCGAAGACGAAAGCGAACUGCGAGAACUAGAUCUUUCGCUGCGCCGAAAGCCCAAGCCAGAACCGGGCACUAAGGACGACGAAGAGAAGCUGAAGAGCGACAUGCGCAAGCUGGACUUCUCGUCCUUCAAGACCCACAAGGGGAAGGAGUCCAAGAGUCCCAAAGCGUCUGCUCUGAGUCUGGACGACCAGAAUGCCGCUGCCUGUCUUCUGCAACUGAAGUCUUCCUCUGCUCCUCAGUCGCCAUACGUAGUUAAGAUCAUAUCUCCUGAACCUGCCCACCAAUCCAGCUCCUCUUCCUCCUCUUCCUCCUCCUCCUCCUCCUCCUCCUCCUCCUCUUCCUCUUCGCACCCAGGUCAACCUGCGAGAGUGCCGAUCGCAGCCAAGUCCUCGUCGGCCAUCGAGGCUGCUCAACCAAUCAUACCUUCACUUGGCUUGGAAAGCAGCAAAUGCCCAACUCCGGGAUGUAACGGCACGGGGCACGCCACCGGCCUCUACUCUCAUCAUAGGUCUCUCUCAGGCUGCCCCAGGAAGGAUAAGGUCACACCAGAAAUCCUCGCAGCUCACGAGACUAUCGUCAAGUGCCCGACGCCGGGCUGCUCCGGGCGUGGCCACGUCAACCAGUCCCGCCACUGCCACCGCUCCCUGUCCGGCUGCCCAGUUGCUGCUGCUUCCAAACAGGCCGCGAGACACGCCCGCCAACGCAUGGCACUGCUGCAGCAGCCCCCACACAUCCCGCCACUCCAACAAACAGCUCCAACAGCAGACCGCUUACUCCGACCUGUGUGCUUGGUAAAACAACUAGAUUUUUCUCAGCCUUCUUUGCCGCUUCUCCCAGGGGCUGCACCUUCAACUGCCUCUGGAUCAAGCACAUCUGGUACUUUAACAGUAUCUUCAGCAGCUUCAUCAACAGUUACAUCAUCAAUACCUUUUCCAGUAUCAUCAAUUACGGCAGAUUCUUCCAGUCAGUUUCAGGUGUCUGAUAUACCUUCAAAAUCCUCCAAACCAGUAGUAUUUCCUUCAACUUCAUCAUCAAGUUUACCUAACUUGAUACCACUCAAACAAGAAAUUUGUUCUACGUCUUCCACACCUUCUGUAUCAUUAACUAAAGUAACAGUACCUAGUGUUCCUUCUCCUCAAGGGUUUGCAUCCUUGUGUUCUCCAGUGCGAGAAGACAACACAAGCCCUACUGAAGGCUCCCCUUCCUCUGCUGUAAGUCCAUCUGCAAUACUUAGUGCUGCUAAAAUUUCUGCCAGUUCAUCUGGAAGCUCCUCUGCUUCUCCUGACCAUUGUGGCGAAGCACAAUUAUCUGAUCGUGAAAACUUAAUGGAGACUUCGACUGUGCCACCCCCUACACCUCACGAACCACCUAGUCUUCAACCUCAAGAUCCACCUAAGGCCUGCAUGGAGGAAGUAGCAGCGGGAGGUAGACUAGCUCUUACUCCAACAAAUAACAAUAAUACCAGUACAACAAAUAACAAUAACAACAAUAGUACCACUGCAACCUUAACUACCACUACAAACAGUAGCACUAGCAGCACGAGAACAAAUACUCAUAGCCCAAGUAAGCCUCUGGCAUCUUUAGGCUCCUCAGUAAAUGCAAAGGUUUCAGAAGGUGGAGGGCUUGGGUGUUUUGGUUACAAAGGAGAAGAUGAAGCAGGAUUAAUUCGACCAGCACCCAUAACUGAAGUACGAGCAAGUGAGGCCAGGUUUGAUAUACCACAUUCGUACACAACUUUAGAUCUGGACCGACAAGCAGCUAUCCCUGUUUCACAGCCUCACAUGCCCCCUACUCCAACAACAUUCGAUACAACAACAGUUGCAGGAGGAACUUCAUUGCCAGGUGCCUCUAUAACACCUAUGACUCCUGCACCAGGCCCAAUUGUAGGAACUAAUGGUCCAAUUGUUCCACAUGUUCCAUUUGAUGGCCUAAAGCCUCCCGUUACAACAGAGUACCCAAUUACCACAACUCACAACAGCUUCUUCAUGAAUAAAGCAUGUGGGGCAGAGGUUAAGCUUAACGACACAACACCUUGUUCUGUUGCAUGUAUGCCUCCUGUACCACCUAACACCAUGUACCAAAGCCCUGGAUACCGGUAUGACAGCUCAGCCAUCAAUCUAAGUGUCAAAACAUCAGCAUUAGGGCCCAACCCAAUGUCCCCAGCCAAUGUAAUGGACCUGUCCGGACCCAUGGGUACUGGAGGCCCCAUGGUAACCUCCCCACAGUAUCCAGGACCUGGUGUUUCUCCAUGCUACAGUGGGCCACAGUUAGUAUCUCCAGGCAGUUCUCAUGAUUCCCAGCAUACCAACCAAACACUUGACCUCUCCUUGGCCCGUCCGCCUGGCUCACUCAGUGGUCCAACCAGUCCUGAAUACAGCCCACCUUCACGUUUAGGGUCUGCUUACCCUGGUGGUGGGGGACCUUUCCAGCAGCCGCAAAGUAUUGACGAACAAACUGAACCUGUUGAUUUCUCAUCACCUGCCGAACCUGUGAAUUUCAGUCUAGCCAGACCACUAGAAUAUGGUGUUACCCCUGAUUAUGCACGAGCACCUACUGCCUCAGCUUGUCCACCUCAUGACAAUACUUAUGCUACAACUCCAGACAGAACACACGAUUACAGGAAUAUGAAUGGUUACAACUCCAUGACUACACGCCCAUAUGAUGUAACAGCUGCAUAUAACACUGGUUAUAUGGGUUACCAAGGCUACCAGGGUGGCUACAUGGGUGCUGGUAGUUAUGGGGCUGCCAUGGGUGGGGACUAUAUGACAACCACUGCCUGCACUACGCCAUAUCAACUUUCUCCAUCCCGUUCACAGCCCCCUUCAACACCUAUGCCUGAUAGUGUUCGGGCAUACUCGCGUUCCAGCAGUAGACGUGAUGGAAAGGAGCUCAUCCAGUGUCCAACUCCAGGAUGUGAUGGUAUGGGUCAUGUGACUGGCAACUACGCCACCCAUCGAAGUCUUGGUCAAAAAAAUCUUCACUUGGCCAAGUCUAUACUCGCCCCACCAUCCAGCCUGUCCGGAUGUCCACGAGCUGACCGAUCGACUAUCCAGCAUCAGACGCAGGAGCUGAAGUGUCCUACCCCUGGUUGUGAUGGAUCUGGUCAUGUAACGGGGAACUACUCAUCACAUCGAUCUCUCUCCGGUUGUCCCAGAGCCAACAAACCAAAACAUAAACCCAAGGACUCUCAGGACUCUGAGCCACUCCGCUGUCCAGUCCCUGGAUGUGAUGGGUCGGGGCACUCCACGGGCAAGUUUCUCAGUCACAGGAGUGCCUCGGGCUGUCCCAUCGCCAACCGCAACAAGAUGCGCUCUGGGACGGUGCGUCUGGGCAUGGGCAUGGGCGUCCCCACUGGGUUAGCUGCCAUGAACGAUCCUCGGCCUCCCCUCCUGGCGGCCUCAUAUUCAACGGGUGCACCUACGGGCCCACCCACAGCUGCCCACUCCCUCUUGGCCCGCCCACUCCUCCACCCACUCCAGCCCCCUCCUGCCAAGAAGCUUAGGAUGGAUGAUCCAGCCAUGACCUUCAAAACAGACGGCGAGGACCACACUGGCUUGGUCUCGGAGAUCUCGGAGUUGCAGAAAGAGAACGCUUCCAUGGAGGGCCACGUGACCAAAUUACGCCAUGACGUCUCCUCUAUGGAAGCUGCGCUCAAAGCCGAACAGAAGGAGGCGGCUGGUGCUGGUGAGAGAGGAGCGCAGCUAACCGAAUACUAUGAAUCCUUGCGGAACAAUGUAAUGUCAUUGCUAGAGCAUGUGAAGCUGCCUGGAGGCGGAGGCACAGUGAAUAAUGACCGCAUCGGUCCAGAUAACUUUGAUUCAUAUCUUUCAAAGAUACAUUCUUUGUGCACAGAAAAUUACUGUGAAGACAACAGACCUCUUUAUGACAGUGUACGGUCUGCUCUCCAUGAUUUCACUGUGCCACCUACACCCAUCUGACAUGACUAGGGGUACGCCGGGGCGGGUACAGCUCCCACCAUGGCUGCACCCACUGUCCCGCCCACCCAUUCAUAUUUUCCAGCCUCCUUUACAACACCAUUCUUUGGUGUUCCACCAGUGAAUACCACCAUGCCAAAUAGUACACCUGUGGGUAACAAUAUGAGCAGUAACAUCAGCAGCAGUAACACUACCACUUUUACCACUUCCAGCAAUAGUCAUAACAGUGGUGUUAAUCCUACUAAUGGAUCUGUGGGUAACAGCAGGUGACGGGUGCAGUUUCAUCCCCACAUUUCAACUGAAUAGACUACAAACACUCGACAAUUUUACAGAAGGGAGAAUUAUUAGCCUUGCUAAAUAACCUUUCAUACAAAAGCUUGUUGGCCCAGAUGGGCAUUGAUCAGUUUCCCAAUGGCCUAGUACCCCUAAAUGUGGCCUGACAUUUGAAGUCAGACCUCAUGUCCCAUGCUUGGCUCUAUGGUCCCAGGCAUUGCUCACCUUCUAGUGUUGCCAUUCCCAUCACGAGCUUUAAAGUCUGCGAUGUUAUUGUACAUAAUCUCUGAAACAUUCUGUAAAGGCAUGUUUCUUUAGGGCUAGUCAUUUGUUGGUGUAUUUAUUAUUAUGUAAUAGGCAAUUAGCUUGCAUUACACUGUCGAAUAUAGUAUUGUGUGUAUCCAGAAUAUCGACAUUCUUACAAGGUAAUUGCCUAUUGGGCCAAGCCAGUGUGAUGACGUAAGUGUUAGAAUAGAAGGCUUUUAUUUCUUUGUAUACAUCUUUACUUUAUUGUGAGAAGUGGUGUUUCUCAGGUUAGGUUUGAAUGGUAACUUACCACAUUGAUGGUUUAGCAGCCAUUAAGAAAUUACAGUAUUCAGAUUGUUUUUUAAAGCAAGAAUAUCGUAUUGUUCGUCAAAAAAAUGUUCUAGUCAUCUAAGCUUUAACACUUAAUACAUUUUUAUACAUUAUCUUGAUUACCUGACUAAAAUUGAUUAAUUGGUUAGAAAAAAAUUGAAGAUUAAUUCGGUCUAUGUAAAUAUAACUUCAUUUGUGUUAUUUAUUUCUAGGUCAAAAUAUUUUUUCCCUCACAGUUUUCAGCUGUAAUCUGAUCAAGCAAGUCACACAAAAAGAAAAGAAUUUGGCCUGUAUUCUUACUCUUUAUUGUUGGACAAUCAAAAUAACCAAACAAAUAUCCAGCUUCAUUGCAAAUCUUCUUGUAUGUUUGGAUUUUUUGUAAAAAUUAUGGAUAUAAAAAAGGUGUGUUUUUUUUUCAUGUCGAGUCCUGUCUGACAUAUAUUUGCAUAUUAUAGUAGACAGUAAUCAAGUGCUGGAAAGGCAUUUUAACAGAUAGGACAAGAAAGUUUAUUUUAUACUGUGAGUUACCUAUUGUUAUAAAUAGAUAUUUUAUAUGUAUGUUAUGUUAAUACUGAAGGAGCUCAUGACAAGAAUUACUGCCCUUUUUCAUGAACAGUAUUUUAUCGUUAAUCAGUCACCCAAGUAUACUGUAUAUGGGAUAAAGGCUAAACAUUUUUUAGAAGUGUAUUUUGCUAGUACAGGUAUUGUCAAAUAUUUUUUAAAUUUCAUAAUCAAAUCCCAGAUCUUCCCUUAGUAUAUUUUGUCAUUCUGAGUAGCAAAUUUGUUGAAUGUUUUCAGUUAGUAAUCUUAAAGGGAUGGUUCCAUGUUGUGAGCUCUUUGGGUUGUGUUAAAAGUGGAUGUUGUAUAUCCACAUACCAGUGAAGCAUUACAGGGAAAUUUUAUUCUGUGUUAUAUUGUUAGCUAUGUUUGCGGCAAUUAAGAAUUAAGGCAGUGGAAAUACUUAUAAUUAAUGCCCUGAUUAAGUUUGUUAAAUCAAUUUAUAAGUAUCCAAAAAAAAUUUUUUUACUCUGAACCUAAACACAAAAGAAGGUGAAACUUCUUGGACUGAGUGUGAACUCUACUUCAGAAUAAAAAUGAUAGGAUGUGGAGGACAAGGAAUAUAUCCAGGAGUGUUACCCUCCUAUAUCCCAUGUGAUAGAAAAAGAGAGAAACAAUAGCAUCCCGGUGUCUGUAUAUAUGGUAAUACCCCUACACCUAUCGCAUAAACUACUAAAGACCCUUUGCUAACCUUUCAUUGGUUUAUUUCCUUAGUCCCUCCACUACCAUACACAUUUAAAGUGACAAGAGACAAAAAAUUUGUCCUAUAGAUAGUUAUCAUCAGCUGGUUAGAUUAAAGAAUCUGGUGGCAUCAGCUGGUUAGAUUAAAGACUUUGAUGGCAAGAGUGCAGUGAAGUAAUAGAAAAACAAAAACAUAGGGCCAUGCAUUUUGACUGAAAAUAUAAAAAAUCAUAUUAUUAUUAGUGGUGCAUUAUAUACAGGAAACCAAAAUGUUGUGGCAGGGUUUUGUGCUCAUUUUUUUCAUUUUGUGGGUUUAAUUUCCGCAUAAUAAGUGGCACAAGCGAGGCUUGACUUGGGAAGCCAGAUAAAGCACAAAUGCUUACUUUGAUUGUGGAAACCUGUGUAUGUGGGAAGAAACAGUGACUGGAUGUUAAAAAGAAAAUGUGUCUCAAGUUGUGUAUUUUUGUAGAUGGCCAUGGAAUGACCAAAUUUUAUAUGUGUUGUCAAUACAUACUGCUGUGGUUGGACAUCUUCAAGUCAAGCUUUCUAUCAGUGAAUAUUAUGGUUUUCACGUACUAGAUGUGAUAUAUAUACUUGGAGAUUUCUAAAAUCCUAAAAUACUCAAAAAAUAUUUAGUGCAGUAUAUUUUAUUUUUCAAAGCAAAGGCAAGAUUUUAAGUGACAUUUGUUCUGAACAAAGGCAAGAUUUUCAGUGACAUUUAUUGUUCUUGAUUUUCCAGUUAAGUGUAAAUUGGGGAAAUCUUCAAGGAUACACAAAAGUUUUCGUAAGGCAAUGGCAUUUGGACUUAUUUUACCAUUCAUGAUUUUUUGCGUGAAAAAUUUAAAUGUUAUAUUUUGAAUAUUUCAUGUUAUGUUUUCCAAAAGUUUUGUUAAGAGUAUUGGACAAAGUUGUUUACACUUAUUAGUGUUGCCUGGUUUCUAAAAUAUUUAUCCCUAUUGCCAGCAAUUGAAAAGAUACUCAGUCAGUGGAUGAAGCCGAGUUAUUUUGCGGCUGUUGUUUUAACUUGUGCCCAUAAUGUCAACUCUGCACCCUUGGGCCAUAUUUUUUGUAUAAAUGUACCUUAUCACUGAAUGUAUUAAAUUGUCAUUUUGAAAAAAAUUAUUAACUAACCUUCACUAAAU